UACAAAAUAUUGACAAUUUUAGAAGUGAAUGUAAAUAAAUUAAAUCUCACCGCCAAAUAACAAAAAAUAUUAAAAUUGUGCUCAAGACGAUAAUAUUUAAUAUUUUGACAAUUCAAUUCAAUUGUGACAUAACAAAGGACCCAAGACCAGCUGAUUUUUCCAAUCAAGUGUCAUUAUUUGUUUACAUUAUUUUAAUUAUUCGGAAACAUCAUUAUUUGUCAUAAAAUUGUUCGACGUUCACCCUCGCGUAUGGCAGUUCAUUUUUAGGUCAAAUUAGUACUAAUAUCAAUUACCAUAAGCACAACUAUGAAUUGCGGUUGAUAAAUUCGUGUUCUGCGAAACAUGGAAGGUAUAAAAUGUUCAGAGUUCACCUUCUUCAACGACUUUGACUCGGCCAAUCUGGCACGGGUCGAAUAUGUCACACCCACGGAAGCGGUCAAACAAACUGGUAGCAAAUCCGUUGUCCCCGAUGUUCCCGAUGCCGAAUUCAACAUCUGGACCAAACCCGAUUGUCAUGGCACCGAAUACGAGAACGGGAACAGGACUUGGUUCUAUUUUGGCCUCAAAGCCAAUGAACCGUCAAUUCUGAUCAAAUUCAAUCUGGUCGACUUGAACAGACAAGGUAAGAUGUACAGUCAGGGCAUGGCUCCUGUUCACAGAAUCAUUCCUGGGAAACCUCAGUGGGAAAGAAUACGAGAUAGACCCACAUACACAAUCAAUGACAACAUUUUCACUCUCACAUUUAAGUUCCGCACACCCGAAAAUGUGCAGAGCAUUAUGUAUUUUGCGUUUACAUACCCUUUUACGUACACGGAAUUGGACCGGAUGCUGACCACCAUCGACCGACGUUUUAUCAAUUAUCAGCCGAUGUCCGAAGACGACAUAUAUUAUGUACGGGAGCGCAUCUGCAACUCCCUGGACGGAAGGAGCAUAGAUCUGAUUACGCUCAGCUCGUAUCACGGAAUAACCAGUGAGCGGGAGGUUCGCUUGAAGAAUCUCUUUCCCGACAAAAGUGUGCAGCGACCAUUCAAAUUUAUCGGCAAAAAGGUCAUAUUUAUUUCGGCUCGGGUGCAUCCGGGGGAGACGCCAUCGAGUUUCGUGUUCAACGGUCUAUUGAAUCAACUUUUGUGUCGCGACGAUCUCUCGUCGAUAAUCCUGAGAAAGAUGUACGUGUUCAAGUUGAUACCGUUUUUGAAUCCGGACGGCGUGGCCCGCGGCCACUACAGAACCGACACCAGAGGCGUGAACUUGAACAGAGUGUACAUGAAUCCGAAUUUCACCGAGCAUCCGUCCGUUUUCGCAGCCAGAUCACUCAUCAGGUACUAUCACUUCGGUGAGGAACGAGAGGACGUCACUCAGACGUGCGACAAAUGCAUGAACGACAAGGCGGAGGAGCAGGAAGGCGUCGCCCAAAACGACAAGAUAAAUAAGAAGAUAUCGCACAUGACGUUGGAGGAGGGCGACACGAAACCGUCGCCGUGGUGCAACUCAUGUAAGGCCGACAUAAAAAAACUCGAGUCCACCAUGCCGGGCAUAUCCGACAUAAGACCGACGUUAAACCUGACGGAUUCCCCAGGCUGCGAGUACUGCCGACACUGCGGCGUUCGCAUCGAUGGAGGCGGCGACGACGAGGCGGAAGCGAUCCGGGUGGGCGAUCACGGCGACACCAACGAGUCCGGGCUGUAUCUGUACAUCGAUCUGCACGGGCACGCCUCCAAGAAGGGCAUAUUCAUGUACGGGAACUACUUCGAGGAGGUGGAGAAGAGCGUCGAGUGCAUGCUACUGCCCAAGCUGAUGAGUCUCAACAAUCACAAUUUUCACUUUAAUUCGUGCAAUUUUUCCGAGAGGAACAUGUUUUUGAAAGACAAAAGGGACGGGAUGAGCAGAGCGGGCUCAGGAAGAGUGUCGGUUCUCUCACUGACCGGCCUGGUUAGAAGUUACACUCUAGAGUGCAAUUAUAACACAGGUAGACAUGUGAACAUUCUACCCCCAACGUUACGGGAAUCCGCCGGUAAAAUUCAUACUCUGCCGGUUCCACCUAAAUACACACCGCUCAUAUUUGAAGAGGUGGGCAAAUCGCUGUGCUCCUCGAUCUUGGAUAUGACAGGCCACAAUCCACUAUCGAGACUGUGCAACUCGGAAUUUAGGUCGUUGAACGGGCUGCGGGAAUGGUUGGCGAUGCAGUGCGGCAAGGAGCAGCCGACCACGCCCCCCAAGGGCUCACGCACAAAAAAGACAGGUUGCCUACAGACCCAGGGUAAACCAAUGCGAGGCGUCCCGAAAUCGCGGCCUUCGCACGUGAAAACGGCGUUGAAGAAGGGCAGCGCCAAAGUGAGAAGCGCCCCCAUGCCGAUCGAAAGAAAGGAGAACAUCGGCGUGUCACCGACGCCGAGUUGCUCGUUCGUGACCACGAAAUCGUCGCACAAGCUGAACAAGUUCAACUUCAAGGCGAAAUCGAGGAAGGAGCUGUCGCUGAAGACGAAAAACUCGCCCAGCGAGAAGAAGUCGUCGAAUCCGCGUAAACAAAAAUCGAAACUGGACACGAUCAAGGAGGAGAAGAAGGACAAGGACCAGGUGGAGAUUGAGGAGAUACGGUUUUUCAGGAACAACGGCGGCAAAACGGUAAUCGCCAAAUACAAGAAUAACGACCAGGACCAGGACGUUGAGGACAAUUUGGUGGUUACGUGGGGUCCGUCGACCAACGCGCACAUCUACACGCACAAGGGCCGGAUCUCGUCGUCGGGCAGAUGCGAGCCGAGCACCAGCCGACAAUUCAGGGUGCACAACUUCGCCAAAACGGCCGCCUUCACCAAAAACAAGAAACAUACGCUGAGGAGACUGGGCAGCGCAACCGAGUCGCUGACAAAGGUGGAGAAGAAAAAGAAGAAGAAAAUCAAGACUAAAGUACAGUAAAAAAUUCUAGUGAACAUUUUCGACGUGAUAUUUUAUGUGAUUUCAGUACAAAUGUUUUUCAAUCUUGUAAAGUUUGUACAAUUUAAAUUAUAAGCAAUUAUGAUUAUAUACCUUAUUUAUUUAUUGGA